ACUCCACUUUGCGUUCCCUACACGUCUGUUCCAAGCGGUAGGUCUUCCGUCGAUAAAAAUCUACCAUGACCGUUCAGACGACCGUUAAUUUUCCCAUUGUCGUCUGAGCGCGCGGACCGUGUUCAGCCGUAGCUAAGUAGGAAGCAAUCGAACUAAUGCGUAGAUAUCUUUGUCGGCGGUUGGUCUUGUAACCGAACAAUGUGACUCCUGGAGUUGUUUUUUUUUUCUAACUUUAAUAAACAAACGGAUCAGACGUUGGCCACCCUCGUAUCAAGAUCGAAGAAACUCGACCGAUUUACCGCUUCUCUAGCGGCAGUGCCAUGCGACCAGACUGGUCAUCGACGGCGCUCCGCGUGACAUUGGUCGUGACGUUAAUUCUCGACAAUGCAUGCACAUCAAAAAAACAAAAACGUCAACUGUUCCGUGAGAAUGUAUUGCCAUAUUUUGGUGGUAAAAUACCAGAUUCUGCGUUUCAUGCUGACCGUUUAGCACUAAAUAUGUUAAAUAAAGAAGGAAUAUCUGUGCCGGAUGGUAUUCUGUUCGAAGCUAGACCCAAAGAAUCGUUUCACCAAAGUCAACGGAACGAUCCAGAACUACUCAACUCUGUAAUCAAAAUGGUCCAUACACCAGACGGCCGGUAUGUACCUUCAGAAGGAAGGUAUGAUGCUGAAAAUGAAGUUGAGUCCACAUACAGGAUAUUAACUCCCUCAAAUAUGAAUUAUCAUCUACCUAGGUUUAGACCGGUACCAGAAACACUGCAACUGUCUGUUCAAAAAGUUUUUGAAAGUGGCCGGUUGUCAGUAGCACCCAUAGUGGGACAAAUAGGUGUUCCAUUGUACCCUAUAUUACAGAGUUGGAAUUUACAUGAUGUCCAUCGACCCUACAUUAACCAAUUCAAUCACAAUGUCAAUCAAAUCAUAGAUGUUCAAUCAAACGUUAACAACAUCCACUUGACGAGUUUUUUGUGCGAUAGAUCUGGAAAAAUAUAUCCAGAUCCAGAAACUCAAUGCCAGGUUUUUCACUUAUGCCAUUACAAUGGAUUCAGGGAGACAUUCGUUUGUCCACAAGGAACCCGAUAUGAUUCAUCUUUACAGGAAUGUAGACUUUGGUAUUUGACUCCCUGUCUGGAUUUGCGUAGGCCUUAUUAAGUCUAUUAAUAUAGUCAGAUGCCAAUAUGAAAAUAAUUUAUUGUAUUUGUUUUUAACUUUAUUUAUAGUCUACAAAUAAUAUUCUUAGAUGCAUAUAUUGUAUCAUAAAAUAUUUUUUUUUUAAAUAAAAUUAUUUUAAUUCAUACAAAAAUAUAUUUAAUUAUGUAUCAGAUGCCACUAAUAAUCCAAUAAAUAGUUUUAAAAUU